UGGAUCCCGCAGUUCGUGAUCUCAUCCGAGAGUACGACGACGUUUUUCCAUCGUCGUUCUCGUACGCCGGCAUCCCACCGAUGCGUGACGUCGAGCACUCCAUUCAGCUUGUGUCUGACUAUCGUGUUCACCACCAGGCACCCUACAGACUCUCGAUCCCCGAGGCCACCGAACUCAAGCGUCAGCUUGAGGAGCUCCCGAGACUGGGUUUCAUUAAACCCAACAACUCCCCGUGGGGUGCACCCAUCCUUUUUGCUCGCAAAGCGGAUGAAACUCUUCGUCUCUGCAUCGACUACCUCGGUCUCAACCGCUACACGGUUAAGAACAGUUACCCCAUGCCUCGUUCCGAUGAGUUGUUCGACCGCCUAGCAGGCAACCGCUUCUUUACGAAGAUUGAUCUUCGUAGAGGUUACUAUCAGAUCCGCGUCGCUGCAGCCGACCAGCCGAAGACCGCGUUCCGAUCGCGCUUCGGCCACUACGAGUUUACGGUGAUGCCAUUCGGCCUCACCAACGCACCCGCUACCUUCCAGAGGGCGACCAAUGACAUCUUCAGGGGCAUCCUGGAGCAGUACGUUCUCGUCAACCUCGACGAUAUCCUGGUCUACAGUCGUGAUUGUCCGAUAGCCUUCUACUCCCGUCAGCUCCUGCCCGCCGAUAUAAACUACACCGCUGAUGAACGUGAGGUUCUCGCAGUAGUUUAUGCCGCUCGGCACUGGCGUCCCUACCUGCACGGGGCACCGUUCACGGUGCGUACGGACAACUCUGUUGUCCAGGAUUUUCUGACAAAACCGAAGCUCACUCCUCGACAGGCUCGCUGGUGGCGCGACUUAUCCGAGUUCAGUUUCACCACUGAGCACAUCAAGGGUGAGACUAAUCGGGUCGCAGAUGCCUUAUCCCGGCGCCCUAACCACGACCAGGAGCAGAUCAGCCUCUCUUCCAUCUCGGUCACCACUGUCCACCACUCGGUGAUCGACGAGUUUCGCACUCAGUACUGCCACUGCCCCGACUAUCGCGACAUCAACGCUACCCUUCGGAGUGGCAAGACCGUCCCGAACUCCUUUCUCAGGGACAACGGUCUCGUGUACUGGCACGGUUCACAGGGCACCAGAGAGCCCCGUAUUUGCGUUCCCUCCACUGGAAAGCUACGUGUCCGAGCAGUAGCAGAGUUCCAUGACCAGGCAGCCGCCGGUCAUAUGGGCUUCCACAAGACGUUGGCUCGUGUGAGCCGCCUGUACGUCUGGCCGAAGCGCAAGGACUUUGUGAAGGACUACUUCGCAGAGUGUCCCACCUGUCAGGAGGUGAACAAUGCGAACCACCUACCUUAUGGUUUGCUCCAGCCUCUUCCUAUCCCUGAGGGUCGUUGGCAGUCCAUCUCGAUGGACUUUAUCGGUCCUCUUCAUCCUCCGACCCCCCGCGGUCUUGAUGCUAUGCUGGUCAUCGUCGACCGCUUCACGAAGCGCACACGCUUUGUUCCGUGCCGCUAUGCCAUCAGUGCACGUGAGGUCGCCGACAUCGUGUUUGACCGAGUUGUGAGUGACCACGACUUGCCACUGAGCUUUUGUAAUUGGAGUUGUUUGGAUGGGUGUUUAUCCUGAGGUAUUCCUAGAGUGUAUGCAUGACAUCUGACCGUGACCCGCGCUUUACUAGCCGAUUCUGGUGCCGGCUCCACGAG